AUGGCUCAAGCUGUAGAAGAAUGGUACAAACAGAUGCCGAUCAUAACACGGUCGUACCUAACGGCGGCUGUUGUCACCACCGUUGGAUGUUCCCUGGAGAUUAUAUCUCCUUAUAACCUAUACCUAAACCCAACUCUUGUGGUGAAGCAGUACCAGUACUGGCGCCUCGUUACUAACUUCCUUUAUUUCCGUAACAUGGAUUUGGAUUUCUUGUUCCAUAUGUUUUUUCUUGCUCGGUACUGCAAACUUCUUGAAGAAAACUCUUUCAGGGGGAAGACUGCUGAUUUCCUUUACAUGCUUUUGUUUGGGGCAUCUGUUUUAACCGGUAUUGUUCUCGUUGGAGGGAUGAUACCUUACUUGUCCGUCUCUUUCUCCAAAAUCAUCUUCCUCAGCAACUCUUUGACUUUCAUGAUGGUCUAUGUAUGGAGCAAGCAAAACCCUUACAUCCACAUGAGUUUCCUUGGCCUUUUCACUUUUACUGCAGCGUAUUUACCAUGGGUGCUUCUUGGCUUCUCUGUCCUUGUUGGUGCAAGUCCCUGGGGAGAUUUACUGGGAAUGAUAGCAGGUCACGCGUACUACUUCUUGGCGUUUGUGUAUCCACGAAUGACUGAUCGACGACCCUUGAAAACUCCAUCUUUCCUCAAAGCCCUUUUCGCUGAUGAGCCUGUCGUUGUUGCACGGCCUGAAGAUGUUAGGUUUGCUCAUGCUCCCUUUGAUGAAAUCCACCAAGACUGA